AUGUUGAAAGAGAAGAGACCAGGUGUGUUUUGGUCUGCAUGCGCUGCUGAUACUGUUAAAUUGAUGCUUGAAGACAUUGUUAAGUUGCCAAAGGUUUCAAAGUACAUUGAUAAAGCUAAGGCUGUGACCACGUUCAUUUAUUGUCAUGGGAAAAUUUUAGGUAUAAUGAGAUCUCGUAUAAAGGAAAAGGAUAUUGUAAGGCGUGGAGUCACAAAAUUUGCUACAACCUUCUUGACUUUGCAAAGCUUGUUGGAGAAUAAAGAACAGGUUAAAUUUAUGUUUGUUAGUGAUGAAUGGGACAGAUGCAAGGAAUCCAAACAUGUAAAGGGUAGAAGUUCUUACUACACUUGUUUAAGCCCUGCGUUUUGGAAUGGGGUCGAACGAGUUGUUAAGGUUUUGGAGCCUUUGGUUAAAGUUCUUAGGAUGGUCGAUGGAGAGAAAAAACCUUCAAUGGGGUUGGAUACUCCAUUACAUUUGACUGCCUACUUGUUGAACCCGUUUUACUUCUAUAACGAACCAACCGUUCAGCUGGAUGCGACACUCAUGACUGGCUUUCUCAAAUGUGUUGGGACUUUUACCAUGCCUCUUGCUAUAAGAGGAUGUGAACAUAACACAGAUAAGUUUGAACCAGGGAAUUGGUGGUCAACAUACGGAACAGGUGUGCCUAAUUUGUUUAAACUAGCAAUGAAGAUUCUCUCUUUGACUUCUAGUUCAUCAGGUUGUCAACAAAACUGGAGUACUUUCGAAGAGAUUCAAUGUUUCCUCUUACUAUGUGUCUUGAAAUGUGGUGACAGUGCUGGCCCGACAUUCACGAAUAUUAUAUCGAAUAUUUUGUUUUCAGUCAAUCUCGGUAGCUACGCUUCGAAAGAUCCCAGUGCGUUUCAGGAGAUGGUGACUGGUUACCAGGUUUCCCUCGGGAACCCAGACCUUGCUAACUUCUUCCCAUUUAUGAGGUUUCUUGACUUGCAAGGCAAUAGUAAGAAGAUGAAGGGGUGCUCAGAGAGCUUGUUUCAGGUAUUUAGAGGGUUUUAUGAUGCUCGGAUUAUCGAAAACUCAUCGCGUACAGAUGAGAGAAAUGUUUCGAGCAGAGACUUCUUGGAUGCGCUUAUCAAUCUCCAACAAGGAGUUGAACCUGAAAUCAACAUUGACGAGAUCGAACAUCUACUUCUCGAUCUGUUUGUAGCGUGCAUGGAUACAAACUCUAGUACCGUGGAAUGGGCAAUUGCAGAGUUACUUCGAACCCCGAAAACGAUGACAAAAGUUCAAGACGAGAUCAAUCAUGUGAUAGGGCAAAACGGCGACUUCCAAGAGUCUGAUAUUUCAAAACUGUCGUAUUUACAAGCGGUCAUUAAAGAAACAUUCCGAUUACACCCGACUGCUCCAUUUCUCCUCCCAAGAAAAGCCGAAACCGACGUAGAGAUUCUUGGAUUCCAUGUGCUUAAAGAUUCUCAGGUUCUUGUGAACGUCUGGGCCAUAGGAAGAGACCCAAAUUUGUGGGAAAAUCCAACUCAGUUUGAGGUAGAGAGGUUUUUAGGGAAAAAGAUUAUUGAUGUAAAAGGUACUGAUUAUGAGCUUACACCGUUUGGGUCAGGGCGUAGGAUUUGUCCGGGACUGCCUUUGGCUUUGAUAACAGUGCAGCUCAUGCUUGCUUCUCGUCUCCAUGCCUUUGAGUGGAAGCUUCCAAACAGUGUCGGUUCUGAGGAUUUGGAAAUGGAAGAGACCUUCGGUCUUACACUAAAGAGACCUUCGGUCUUCUCCAUCAUGAUGCCUUGUAAAUGGAAGAGACCUUCGGUCUUACACUGAAGAGACCUUCGGUUUUCUCCAUCAUGAUGCCUUUCUUCAUCGACUCAUUAACAUGCU